CUCUCUCUCUCUUCCAUUUCUCCUUAGUUUUGUCUGACUCUACAGAACUCAUUUCUCACUCUGCAAACACUAAAGCCUGCCUUCACCGAAACAGGAACAAACGAAAAACCCCUAAAUUCCGACUCAAAAACCCUAGCCAAGGCCUCCACAAACCCUUCAUCUCUCUCCAUUUCCAUGGAGUCUCUCUCCAAAUCGUCGCACAGGAGGAAGCACUCCACCACUAGACCGAAUGUCUUCUCCUCAUCUUUCUCGUUCAAAACCCCCUACGGCGACGUUUUGCUGUCGAGCGGAGGCGAUAGGAAGUCGCUCCAGCUCCACGAGUACUCGGAGAUUUUCUCCGGCUCCUCUUCCAUUCCGGUGCUUGAUCUCUCUGCCAUGGACGAGCGGGCCGGGUCGGCCCAUAUCCGGAGCUCCAAGCUCGAUUACACCAACAUCUUCUCCGGAUUGACGCAUGACGAUGUGUUUGUGCCUUACGAGGAGCUGCUCAGUGCUUCUGCUAAGAGAGCUAAGCCGCGGGUUCCAGUGGAGGGGCGGCCAUCUAGACAAGAAUCAGGUUCUCGACAUUCUUCAAGAAAGACAGAAAGGCCUCCUAGCGUGACAUCUGAUCGGUCGAUUGAUAGAAGAGUUAAGCUGCAAGAAUCAGGUUCUCCACCUUCUACUGUAAAUAUGGAAAGGCCCUCUGGUGUAGCAUCUGAUACAUCUUUUGAUGAAGGGAAGCUGCAAGAAUCAGGUUCUCUACAUCCUUCAACAAAGACAGAAAGGCCCUCGGGCGUGGCAUCUGAUCAGUCUACCGAUGAAAUUGAGCAGCAAUUUAACUUGUCUUUCAAUAGGACCAACCAAAUAAAUGUUGAGACAUCAGAUCUUAAAACGCACAUAGCAGAGCUCCAUGCUGUUCCUGGAUUUACUCAUUUUGUUGAUGGAAAACGGUCACAUAAGGGAAAGAAUGACAGGCCACCUUUACUCAACCAUGAAGUUAGUCGCGCCUGGAGUUUCAGUGCUGAAGUUGAACCUGUCAAUGCUAAAGGUGGAUCGAGCUUGGAGAAAUCAAGGCUAGAUAGGUCUCACCAUGUGAAUGAAGUUAAUCUCAAAUCACCAGAAUCAGAUGCACCCAUUCUGUCGAGUCAUCCAACAAAUCUAAGUGAUAUCAAGGAAACCAGGCAGUCGAUGGCAUCAGGUUUCACUUCUAAAGAAGAAGUUUCACCGAAGAUUGCUGACGAAUCUUUGGAGGACUUUGAUGAUAACUCAGUUGAUGCUGUAUCUGUUGCUGCCUUGAAGAAGGCCAUAGAACAGGCCCAAGAAAGUAUAAGAAUAGCCAAAAUUAUAAUGGAAAGGAAAAAGGAUGGCGCGCAAGAUGGAUCAAAGCUUAGGCCUACAAGUAAUCGCAUGAAAGUUGCAGGAAGGGAAACUAAAAUUGACCAUGAGGCAUUUGGAUCAAAAAACAACAGUACAAAGAAGAAGUAUGAAGAUUUAGACCCUAUAUUCCCUGCACCUACUGGGAUUGAUGGAAAAUUAACUCCAUCCCUCAGUCACACUGUUACAUGUUUUCCUGCUGAACCUGCUGAAGGCAAAAGGGUGUCAGAGAAUGUUGAAACUGAUAGAGAACCUAAAGAGAUAUUUUCAGGCAGGAGUAAGUUACUUUUUGCCUCAAAUCACAUUCAGAGUGAGAGACCUCAUGCUGAUGAAGAUGUUAAAGUAGAAAAGCUUGAAAAGAAUGUGGAAGCAGAUGAAGUGCAAAGAGAGUUAUUUGCUUCAAAUCGCAUACAGAGUGAGAGAACUUAUGCUGGUGAAGAUGUUAAAGUAGAAAAGCUUGAAAAGAAUGUGGAAGCAGAUGAAGAGCAAAGAGAGGGAAAAAGUAUUUCUGGAUGCGAAGCUGUUGAUGUGGAGCCUGCGAAGGCAGGCAACUCUAAUAGCUUAGUGUCCCCCAUGAGUGAACUUGCAUCUAACCUUGAAAGGUUGGAAAUAGGCACAGAAAUCUCUAAACAGAGAAAUAUAACAGCCGCUCAUAUAAAAAGAUCUGAAGUUGUUCCUGAACUGGUGGAAGGGGAUCUCCAUGCAUUACAAAGGACACAAGGGAUGGAGAAGAGCUGGGAAGAAGAUGAAUUAAGUCAGGCCACUUUUGUUCAUGCAGAAGAAUCUGAAAGUGAUUGGGAAAAGGUUCUCAGCAGUUCUAAAAAAAUUCCUGAGCAUGACAAGGCAGUGGAUGUAGCUUUUAAAAGUUUUAGUAUCUUCCCAGAGGGUGGAGUGAACGAGCAGAGAGAAAAUGAUAGGGAUGAUAAGGAACAGCAUGAAAAGAAACUUGAAGAGUGUGACAAAAUAGUUAAUGCGAGGUCAGUGUCUAAUGACAUGCCAGAUGGAUUGUGUAAUCUGGUUAGGAAUGAAAGUCUGGACCAACAAAAGAUUGACAGGAAAACUGAAACUGACUCCGGAUGCGAAGUGGAUGGCCAGGGACAUGCAGAACCUUAUGAUGCAGAAAUUCGGGAGACAAGGAAGAAUGAGGGCCAGCUCUGGUUUGAUCAGCUGAAGGGAGUCUUACUGGAAGUAAUCAAUAAGGGGAAAUCUGAUGUUCCUCCUGAUGUAGGAGAGUCAAAAAUUAAACUUGAUGAGGAUCAUCAACCACAAAUUAAUGAUGACAAGCAGUGGUUUGCUGAUAAUGCAGAUGUGCCAAAAUCAACAGAAGAACCUGUACCGAAUCAAAUUGAAGAGGAACAUGUUGAUACUACUUAUAAGAGUGAAACCAUUGCCGAGGCAAGCCAUUGCCCCAAUGUUCAGAAGACGGAAACUGAGAAAACAGACUAUAUUAAGUUGGGUGCUGGCAGAGGUGAAGGUCAGGAGGCUACUUAUCAAGAGGAUAUAAAUGAAGCUGUUAAUUUGAGUGGUGGGGAGGCUAGCGUCAUCUUUGAUGCGCCUCAUACUAAUGGAUCUGGAAAUAUUGUUGCUGAAACUGAAGAAUCCUGUCCUGUUCAAUCACACAGCAAAGUGGAAGAACAUCAGAAAUCCGUCAAAAAUUCUGAAGAGGACGUGCUCAAAUCUAAUGGAUCAGUUUCUGCACUUGACGAGGACAAGAUGGAAGAAGGAUCAUCCAGUCGGCUGGAUGAUGAAAUACUUAGAUCUAACCAUUUGCAUCGAAGUGCCUCUGAAGAGAUUUUUGUGAAAAACGAACUGCUCGAUACUUUUGAAGGUCUUCCUUCUGAUAGCCAAACGGAAGCUGUUGAUGUCAUGGAUGUAGAUUCCGAAGAAAGCCUGUUACAAGAUGAGGAUGUAUCUAAAACAACCAGUGAUAUCCAUGAUGCUCCGCAAGAAUAUGCUACUGAAAACAAUAGACAAGAUAUACCUCAGGACCUUGAAUCUCAUUUCAGAGGAGUAGAAUUGAAUUUCCCAGAUGUAGACCAGGUGUUGGAGCAAGACGCGGAGAGGGAUGAAGGACCUAUAUCAGACUCAAGCUUCGAGAAGACAAGUGAUGUAUCUUCUGAAAAAUCUGAAGAAUGUCCAGAAAAUGAAAAGACCGCGACCUCAAACAUGGAAGAACUAAGCGAUUACAUGGUUUCCGAUGAAAGAAAACAUGCCGAUGAACAAAGUGAAGAAUUACACUCUCAGUUGCAUGAUGAACCCAUAGAAAUGGAUAAAUCGUCGGAAACAGAGGAAGCUGUAGAUACAGAUGUGAAUGUGGAAAAGGAUGAGGAAAAACAUGUUCGAACGACAUCAAUGGAAGAGAAUCAAGAGAUAGAUGCCAAAGAAGGUAUGCAAAACUUUGAUAGCAAUGAUCAACAGCAAAGAAUAGAAGCCAUAAAAAAGGGAAGAGAGCGGGAAAAGGAUAGGAUAGUUGUGGAGAGGGCAAUUCGUGAAGCUCGUGAGAGAGCAUUUGCUGAAGUUCGAGAAAGGGCAGAAAGAGCUGCUGUGGAGAGAGCAGCUACUGAAGUUCGGCAAAGGGUUAGGGCAGAGGCUCGGGAAAAGGUUGAGAAGCCUUCUGUGGUUAAGCAACCACUUGAUAAGGCCGCCGCAGAAGCCAGGCUUAAAGCUGAACGAGCUGCAGUAGAAAGAUCCACAGCCACAGAAGCCAAGCUUAAAGCUGAACGAGCUGCAGUAGAAAGAUCCACAGCCACAGAAGCAAAGCUCAAAGCUGAACGAGCUGCAGUAGAAAGAGCCACAGCAGAGGCCCGUGUGCGUGCUCUAGAGAAAGCAAAGUCCCUUAAAACUUCAGGAGAGUUGAAAGCACCAGCUGACAGACACUCCACUGAGAAGUUUUCUAGUUCUUCCAGAAAUAAUGCACUGAAGCACAGCUUUUCUUCCUCGGAAUUGGAGACUGGAACAAAUGUUGAAUCAGCACAAAGGCGUAAAGCAAGACUGGAGAGGCAUCAGAGGAUAAUGGAGCGAGCAGCAAAAGCACUUGCAGAGAAGAAUAUGCGGGACCAUCUUGUGCAGAAAGAGCAGGCUGAGAGAAAUAGACUUGCUGAAUCUCUUGAUGCUGAUGUUAAAAGAUGGGCCACAGGAAAGGAGGGAAACUUGCGUGCACUUCUCUCAACCUUGCAAUAUAUCCUUGGUCCAGAAAGUGGGUGGCAGUCUAUUUCAUUGACGGAGAUCAUUACAACUGCAGCUGUGAAGAAGGCUUACCGAAAGGCAACUUUGUGUGUACACCCUGACAAGCUGCAACAAAGAGGAGCUAGUGUUCAACAAAAGUACAUCUGCGAAAAGGUUUUUGAUCUUCUCAAGGCGGCAUGGAGCAGGUUCAACUCAGACGAGAGAUGACUGAGUAAGCGGUACAGUAGCCGCUGCACUCCUCUUUAUUCGUUUGUUUUAUUUAUUUAUUUUUCUCUGGAGGGGUGUUAUUUCAUGCUGUAGUAGAUAGAGUUGGGUGAACUACUGAACUACAAUUAUUUGGAGACCCUUUAUUUAUAGAUAAUUAUCUAGAUGUAAUUUCAUUACUAUGAACAAGUAAUAUGCAAGAAAAAGAGUGAAGUUUUUAA